AUGGAGAUUAGACGAGAUAAAAUUGGAGAAGAAAAGGAGGGAGGUCCCUCGUUCCAUUGUGAUCUUUAUGAUACCUAUUUAGUUCAUAAAAUAGCAGAGGCAUUACUCCCUGGUCUGGCUUCAGCCUGUAUUGACAACACAACUGGUGGCCUCUUAAAGAGCCCUGCUUCAGUGGCUGUUGACGUCAGAAGAGAAAUGGUGGAUUAUCUGGUCCAAAGAAGUGAAAAUUUUGUGGCGGAAUCUGUGGUGCUAGAAGGUGGUUCAGCUGCUGAAGUUUCUGAAAACCCUUUCGAUAUUAUUUCAGAUUUUGUUGAUGAUUUUGCAAGUUCAAAGAGGAAUUUUUUUAGUCGGGUUUCGGGCUGGGUACUGAGUGAAAGAAGAGAAGACAGGAUAGAUGAUUUAGUUCAAGAAAUGGAAAUAAAUGGUUUUUGGUUGUUAAAUAGGAGGGAAUCAGUUGCACAGAUGCUGCUAAAGAACAUUGACUUCAAAAACAUAUUUCACUGUGACAUGAAGUUCAAGUCUUCAGAAGAGCUAGACGAGCAUAAAUCACAGUGCACUUUUAAGACCAUGACCUGCAACAGCGAAGGUUGCGAUGCUACAUUUAGUGCAGCUCAGAUGGACCAUCAUGAUUCGAUCUGUCCUUUUAAAAUACUUCCGUGUGAGCAGAACUGCUCGGAUCACAUCAUGAGGCGCGAGAUGGACAGGCAUUGCAUUACUGUUUGUCCAAUGAAGCUUGUGAAGUGCCCCUUCUAUUCCGUAGGUUGCCAGUCUACUGUUCCUCACGUAAAAAUGGAUCAACAUCGGUCUGAGAAUCUUCCCUCUCACUUGCUGUACAUUCUUCAAGUUAUUCACAAGGAAGCAUCACCAGAUGAUCUGAAAGGAAGGGUGGAAGAACUGGAAAAGCUAUCAUCUCCUGGGAAACUAGCAGCAUCUCAUGAUGCAAGAUCUUUAAUAGUUUUGGUUAAGGAUCUUGAAGCAAAGCUUAGACCUCUGAAAGUCGACCCAAAGCCAAAUCCCAGAGAAGAGGUUGCACGUUUGACUGACCAAAAACAGGAGAGCCUGGGCUUGCCCACCAAUGAGGAUGGCUCCAUUCAGUCUCCAAGCAAUAUGGAAGAGAGUGAUAAGUCAUCCCACGAGAAGGAUAAGUCAGUAGAGUCACCUGCUUAUAUAAAUGAGCAAUUGGAGUCACAACUUGAGAAGGAAAAGAGUGUCAAUUCUCCUGCGGACCUUUCCCCCAGAAAGGAUAAGUCAGUAGAGUCACCUGCUUAUAUGAAUGAGCAAUUGGAGUCGAAACUAGAGAAGGAAGAACUCAAGGAAGAGAGUGUUAAGUCGGAAUCUUCCCUCGAAAAGGAUAAAUCAGUAGAGUCAACUGCUUAUACAAAUGAGCAAAUAGAAUCACAACUUAUGAAGGAAGAAUUCAUUGCAUCGGUACCAGUGGAAGAGGACCUGAAGGAAUCACCCAUUCAAAGAGAAGAGGGCUUAGGCUCACCAACCAAAGGUAGAGAAAUUAUCCGUGGAGAGAUUGGUUGA